CGUCGAGUCAUCAGUACUAGCAGCAUCAAUUGGGAAAUGUGUAAUAAACAUUGAUCAAUGAAGAUUGUAUUUCCAUUCGCAUCGUACAACUAGUCGUGCAAAUCGGCCUUCACCUACAACAAUAACAACAGCGACGAAAAGAAGGAGCAAAGAUGACGAACAAAAGGACAACUUCUUCUAGAACAACAUGGUGUACUAGAAGUACAACAUCAUCAGAUGUUGGUGGCAGAAGUACUAGUACAACAGAUCAUGAUCCAUUAGUACGUGUACGCAAAAGCGGUUGUACCCAAAAACCGAUUUCUUCAAGCGUGAGGACUACAUCUAAGGGGAGAAGCAUGACCUCUUCUAAGGGUGGAAGAGGACCGUCUAACUCUUCAAUGAAGAUGAUCAUGGUUGCAGCAGCACUGAUCUACUGUCAAGUAUAUUUUUUUCUUGAUUCCUUCUUCGCCUUAUCGUCGACCUUCUUCGGACGAGAUCGCCCUGAGCACAAAUCCGGCCACCAGAGGAACUUCCAGCUACAAGAACCACGACCAUUAUUUUCAUCUUUGCUAGUGGAAGCUGCUACAGUUCCAGCACAUGCACUCCGGGAUAGCGGAUAUGAGCUAAAAUCCAACAAGAGCAUGAGCUUCCGCAAUGGCGCCC